AGCUCCCUUUGCAGGAUGUUCCAAGUUGUGCCCGACGACACAAUUCGGGACUAUUUGCUGAACUAUGACAGUUCCGGAUGACCACUAGCCACACCCGCCGCAACGUAAGGAAGGCCGUGGUUUCACUACACCGCCACAGAUGGGCCGUUGAUCAUCGUGUCAGCCACAAGUGGCUACUAGUGAACCAUAGCGCAGUCGUCCAAUCAUCAUGCAGCAUGUCUCGUCCCACGCAUCCCGAGGCAUGGAACCUACAGGAGGAAGUAGCGCCGAUCGAUCUUGCAUUGCAUUGCAGAAACACUCAACGAUUGGUGUCUGAAAAAGCAAUCAUCCCCGAUGACCACCAUCUUGAUCUUGUCGAUGAUGAAAUGAGAUUCGAUGAUCUCAAUACCAGCGGGAGUCACGGCUUCGCGUGUGACCGGAACUCCGUCUAUUGAUCGGGUUAAAUUUCAGGAACGUAAACAUGACAUACUGCACACUUAUCUCACUGCAUGACAAACCCGUAUUCCGCGAAGUGCGAGGGAUCAGCACGAUAAGUGCAAUGCAGAAACUACAUGUCACCAUUUCAGACAUGGAGCCCUGAUGGUGAAGACCCCAGGGUCUAGAUCUUGCAC